CGGCCGCGGGAUGGGCGGCGGCGCUGAGGAUGAGCGCCAGAUACUCGUCCACCGACGCCAUGAGCUGACCUCCCUGCCCAUCCCCGACGAGCUCACGCUGGACAUCUUCCUCCGCCUGCCCAUCCCAGCCGACCUCGUCCGCGCCUCCGCCGCCUGCGUCUCCUUCCGCCGCCUCAUCGCCGACCGCUCCUUCCUCCGCCGCUUCCGCAACCUCCACGCCCCGCCCCUUCUCGGCUUCCUCGAGCAGGACACCAAAGUCUUCCACCCCGUGGCCUCGCCUCACCCCUCCGCGCCGGAAGCCCGCGCCGCCGCCCUCGCCGCCGACUUCUCAUUUUCCUUCCUCCCUGGCCCCGCCAGGGACUGGCUCGUCAAGGACAUGCGCGACGGCCGCGUCCUCCUCGACAGACCCCCUGAGCACGACAUCGAUAAUAGAUACAAAGUCGUCUUCUCAGAGCUGGUGGUGUGCGACCCCUUGCACCGACGGUAUAUCCUUCUUCCUCUAAUCCCUGCCCACCUAGCCACUACGGUGGAGCACCCAAUCAGGUCAGCAGCACACAAUCACCGUUGCUGCGAGACCUUUCUCAGCGUGAUAUGGAUGGCGCAGUGCAGAACUAAGCUGGUCGCCUUUGUCUUCUCUUCCAGCACCGGGCAAUGGUGUGCCAUUUCGUCACAAAGUUGGAGUGAUUUGUUUGCUGGCUUGCCAUCGUCAAUAAGGUGGCCUCUCUUCUUUGGGCGCCAUUGUGCAUAUGGGUGCUUCUAUUGGGUGAACUCAUCGAUGGAGAAGUUACUGGUGCUUGACACCCGAAGGAUGGAGUUCUCCAUAAGUGAACCCCCACACGAAAUCAAAGGUUUGCUUAAUGAGGAUAUAGCCAUUGUGGAGGCAGGGGAAGGCAGGCCCGGGAUGUUUGUGGGUCCUGAAAACACAAAUCACCUCAACUAUUAUGUUAGGCGGAACAAUGGUGGGAGUUCUAGCCACUGGCGAUUUGUGAAGACUGUCCCACUGGAUUUUGAGUGUUUGUUGAUGGAUUCGAGGGGGAGGCACUUGUUCCUAUUUAAGUGCGAAAGCUCAUCGCUCGAUGUAGGCCUUUUAUCGCUGGAUGCCGACAUUCCAUCUUGA